AUGACUGACGGUUCGGGCCCUGCCGAAGAGUUGAAUCUCCGCAGUUCUGAUUUGGAAGUGUCGAGCUCUAUGUAUUACGUCAGCGACUGUGUCUUCACGCCUGGGACCUGGACAAUCGUCAAGUCGACUCUCCGUCGGUUGGCCACUCUCUAUCUAAAUGGUAUCAAAGCAAAUGGCAAGAUCAAGUCGAAGAACCAACUACGUCGCUUGAAAGCUAAGCAGAAGAAACUCGACGAGCGUUCGGCAACACCGCAGAGCAAUGGCGAGUCCAUGCAGCUGGAUGUUAAAAUGGAGGAUGUGCAGCCUACGAAUGUUGAGUACGUACCAGAGCAAUUGGAUGUCAAAGGUCGUGCUCUCGAAGAGUUCUCCGACGUAUUUGCUCGUUUUCAGUUGCCCCCAGACUCCUCAGCACAAUAUCGCGACCAGGAGCCAUCCAAAGGGGAGGUCAUCUACUCCGACGAUGAUAUGGCAUCCGAGGGUGAUUCGGAUGCAGAAGAGAAGAAGCCUCUGUCAAAGAAAAAAGCUCGCAAAAUGAACCGGCUUACGGUAGCAGAACUCAAACAACUUGUGAAGAAACCCGAAGUUGUUGAAUGGACGGAUGUUACUGCUGCAGACCCUCGUCUUCUCCUCCAUUUGAAAAGCUACAGGAAUACUAUUCCUAUUCCUGGUCAUUGGAGUGCUAAACGGGACUAUCUCCAGGGCAAGAGAGGUAUCGAGAAGCCUCCGUUCCAGCUGCCUUCCUAUAUUGCAGAUACGGGUAUCGCUACGAUGCGAGACGCUGUCAAAGAGAAGGAGGCAAACAUGUCCCUGAAAGCCAAGACACGUGAGCGUGUACAGCCAAAAAUGGGAAAAGUAGACAUCGACUACCAGAAGCUUCACGACGCGUUCUUCAAAUUCAUGACGAAGCCUAAUGUCACGGGCUUUGGCGAGAUGUACUAUGAAGGCAAGGAAUUUGAGACGCAGUUGAAACACAAACGUCCUGGUGAUCUCUCUCCUGAGCUCGUAGAAGCUCUGUCUAUUCCUCCACUGGCUCCUCCCCCAUGGUUAAUUAGCAUGCAACGAUUUGGCCCCCCUCCGAGUUAUCCGACACUUCGGAUACCCGGUCUCAAUGCUCCGAUACCUGAAGGGGCUCAAUGGGGUUUCCAUCCAGGCGGCUGGGGUAAGCCCCCUCUUGACGAGUACAAUCGUCCGCUGUAUGGUGACGUUUUCGGCGUCAUGCCAAAGAACACCGACCCUGAUAUGGGUGAGCCUGUUGAUCGCAAUUUAUGGGGCGAGCUCGAACCCGAAGAAGAGGAGGAGGAGGAAGAAAGCGAGGAGGAAAGCGAGGAGGAAGACGUUGCCGAACCUGCCCCACAAGAUGGUCUUCAGACGCCAUCAGGUCUCGAAACACCGUCAGGUAUGGCGAGCGUCGUUUCAACGGUUGCGGGGGGUCUCGAGACACCGGACUUCCUGGAAUUGCGCAAGAACGCGGCCCGUCCACAGUCAGAAGCUGCGGAAACAGGGCCGCGGUCGUUGUACCAGGUUGUGCCCGAGAAACAGACGUCUGUCAGAGGCCUCAUGGGCAGCGAGCGUGGAUACGAUGUCAGUGCUGUCACAGGGGGUGGUGCUAUUCCUAUUCUCGGCGACGAGAGAGGUUCAAAGCGCAGGGCGAAUGGAGUGGACAUCUCGAUCGAUGCGGCAGAGCUAGAAGGCAUGUCAGAGGAGGAACUGCGCCGAAAAUACGAGCAUCAUUCGCGAGGGUCAGCAGGUGUGCCAGGCGCGAAUGGCAGGGAAGAUUUCUCGGACUUGAUCGUAAAAGAGAUGGCAAAGAAGAAGCAGAAGGCGGACAGGGACAGAGAAAGCAGGCGCGAGAAAGAGUUCAAGUUUUGA